AUGGGUGAUUGCAUUGUCAACAGCACAUGCUAUCAGUUUGCAAAUGACACUUGCCUUGUUAUCGGCGAUAGAAAUCCACAAACGGCCCUGGAUCUUCUACAGUCCGAUUUAAAUGCACUAGCAAAAUGGUGUCACGAUGCCGGCCUUGUCAUUAACACAAGCAAAACUAAAUUAUUAGUCAUAAAAUCACCCUAUGUUAAACGUUUACCAAUAAAAGAUCUAGUGGCACACGCUCAUUCCUGCUUACACGCUGGCAGCACGGCUGCAUGUUCCUGCCCAGGGAUUGAGACAGUGGAUAGACAAACAUACCUUGGACUUGUUAUUGACAGUAAAUUUCUUUGGAGUGACCAUAUCGAGCGUGUUUGUAUCAAGCUUAGACAGUUUAUGGCAAAUAUCACCAUCCUCAAUAACCGUAUCCCGUUUAAAUUUAGUUAA